AUGUUGCAAUUGCCUCGACUACCGUUCAAGUUGUCGGGUGUACGUGCUGCAACUCUUCCCUCACUGCAACCAGAUCUUUCAAGUUCGUCCUCCUAUCUUUUCGUCCGACGUUCGAGACGACUCCACCAUCCUUCCCGCGCCAUCUUCACGAGCUCUUUAUCUCGGAGAGCCCAGGCCACCGCAACUCAACCUACGAAGACCACUGCUAGUCCCAAUGCACCUCCAAACGACCAAUCCCCUGACCAGCCAGACGCACAGCCUCUCAAGAUACAAGAGGAGGAUCCUGCGCAUGUCGAUUGGUCGAAGUCGUUUCAUGGGCUCUCUGCUGAGCCAUUUUCUAAAGAAGCGGCAGACGUGCUUAUGGCGCCGCUGAGUCCAGACGAUGUGGAGAUCAAACCAGACGGCAUCAUAUACCUGCCAGAAAUAAAAUAUAGACGCAUCCUGAAUAGAGCAUUUGGGCCAGGAGGAUGGGGUCUCGCGCCCAGGGGAGACACCAUCGUGACUGAUAAGGCUGUCACAAGAGAAUAUGCAUUACUGGCGCACGGCAGACUGGUAUCUAUAGCGCGAGGAGAGCAAGACUACUUCAACAAGGAUGGCAUACCGACUGCUUCUGAAGGGUGCAAAUCCAAUGCGAUGAUGCGGUGUUGCAAAGAUUUGGGGGUUGCGAGUGAACUCUGGGAUCCGCGAUUCAUCCGAAAGUGGAAGGCAGAAUAUGCCAGGGACGUCUUUGUAGAACACCAAGGGACGAAGAAGCGGACAAAGAUAUGGUUGCGCAAGGGCGACCCAAUUUCGUAUCCGUAUGCAGAGAUCAAGAGAUGA